AUGAUUCAUCAUUGUGGCAUUCCCCGACCGGAGCACCAGGCCUCUGGUUGCGCGGUCCGGUCAUACAAUCGUUAUUAUGCCAGACCGGCCGCCUACCUGGAGUUCCUGAUGACUUCACCCUCCUUCUUGUCGGCCACCACCCCGGUCGACGUCCAUUCUUUUCCGGCGCCUUUGCGCCAGUCUGUCUCUCCUCUGGCCGCCGCGGCUGCUGCCGCCCCGGCCCCAGUCGCACCCAUCGACUGCCUCCCUCCGGCGCCUUUGCGCCUGCCUGUCUCUACCGCCUCGCCCUCCCGACUCCCGGUGCGUCGACACCGGCCUGUCAUUUCUUCGGGAGCCUCCUCCCCGUCCCUCCUUCCGGUGCCUCGGCGCCUUCCAGUCUCUAUCUCGUCCUCCCCUCCGGCCAUGCCUCACCGCGCGCAGGUGACGCAGGCCAGCCGCCAACGCCGCCGGGACCCCGUCCCCCACACUCUUUCGCGGAUCCGCCGUGACCGCCGCCCUCAGCCUCCCACCGGGGGAGGCUGCCACUCGUUAAUCCCCGGCCGCCAGCCAUUCGUUCCACCACACCGGGUGGUAGGGCCUCUUCGGCCUAUCCUUGGCGCCAGCGCGGGCGUCAAGCCGAAGAGGUGUGUCCACUUCGGUGAGGUUUCGGUCGUCGAAAUCGACCGGUGGGUUGAUACCCGCAUCCAUAUAUUUAGCGGGUGGUAA